AUGGACUUCAUCAAUAUGGGAAAAUGUAAAUCUCUUUGUAUAACUAAGAAAAGAAAUCAUAUUACAACAGUCUACAAGCUUGGGGGUGAAGAUAUUGCAAUAACUAAAGAGGAAAAAGAUUUGGGGUUGCUGGUAAACCAUAAGCUACCAUGGCAUAAUCGUGUAUUAAAUAAAGUUAGCACUGCAAACAAAGUUUUACGGUUAAUUAAACGCGUGUGGGGAAAACAAAUCCAUCUAAAUGCUGUACUGAAGUUAUAUAUUCAUCUUGUGAGACCGCAUCUUGAAUAUGCAAGUGAAGUCCAAUCACCACACCAAACAUACUUGAAGAUUGAAAGCGUCCAGCGAAGAGCAACGAAACUUGUCAUAAAAAACAAGAGUUAUGAUGAAGGACUACUGAUUUUAAAACUACUUUCCUUGUCUUCAAGGAGAAUUUUUAAAGAUUUAAUGUUUCUUUUUAAAUGCUUAUUAGGCCACUACGACCUAAACUGGACCAAAUAUAUGGAACCUGCAUAUAACUCGACUUACAAUCUAAGACACUUAGAUUAUUCUUUUAAAAUAAAAUAUGCAAGAACAAAUACUCUAAAAUUUUCAUAUUUCUUCAGAGUUGUAAAGAGUUGGAAUGCUCUACCUCUCCAAUUAAGGAAAUCUGAUACGAUUAGAGAGUUUAGGUUAGGACUGGAAUCCUAUUUAUUUACAGCUGACACUAGAUCAAACUUUUUCUAAUUUAAUCUUAUUGUCUAUAGUAUAUUGGAUUGAUAUAAAACUGCUGUAAUAUUUGUAAUUAGUAUGUAUAUUCUUUGGUGACCCCUCAUUAAGGGAAAAAAUUCCUGUUCAGGGUUUCCUCCAGUUUUUGAUAUUGUAUAUGCUGUUAAACAAUUAAUAAAUAAUAAUAAUAAUAAAUACAACACUAUAUUUAUGAUUAGUGAAAUAACAUCGUAUACUUAAAAUAUUUUAACAUUUCUCAAGUCCUCCCAUGUGAGAGCUCUCCAUGUAAAAACUCAGCAGAAUGUGAGAACGUGGACGAAAAUAAAUUUAAUUGCACAUGCACUGAAGAUUGGACAGGCUUAACCUGUGAAGAAAAAGGUAAAGAUUUUUGAAAAGUAGUAAACGUCUUGGUUAUUGAGAGGUACAAACGUGUAGAAUUGCCCCAAAAUAUAUCAGAAGCUGGACUAGUAGACAAGAUAAAGACUCAUAAAGUUGCAGUUUGUAACUUCAACAUGUUCUUUCUGAACAGGAGUUACGUAUUAAAUUACCUUUAAGUUUAUUUGUCUUUUUCCUUGCAGUCCAUCCCUGUGACAAAGCCGAAUCUCCGUGUAAAAAUGAAGCCACAUGCGAAAAGACAGAGGAUCAGUUUGUUUGUAAAUGCGCCGAGGGCUGGAAGGGCGAAACCUGCGAAGAGAAGGGUAAACAAUGAAAAAGAAUAUGUUUAAUGCAUGAAUGUGGAGGGUAUUGAGAUGAAGACUUCUGUCAUGAAGGUGGAGAUAUACAUUUCACUGCCAAGUGACAUAGGAGGAUUUCACUAAAUUAUUAUUAGCAGCAGAUGGUAGACAUCAGACAGUUAUCAGAGUGGAAAUAAUUUUCGUAAUAUGUAGUGUAGUAUCCACUCCUUUUUAAUAUAUAAUUAAUAUAUGCAGUAUAGUCUUGCAUUUGAUGGCAAAUAGAAUAUUGGCAACAUUUCUGAAGUUGACCACCUGUUGCCCUGUAACUGGAACGAACCCAUCACAAACUAUACCAUUAGUCUUGGCGUUAUAUUUUUUAUACUAGUCGUACUAGAAUUAUUGUCUUUUAUAUCUUUAUCUAGUUCAACCUUGUGACAACUCUCCAUGUAAAAACCAAGCAGAAUGUGAGAAUGUUGAUGAAGGAAAUUUCACGUGCCAAUGUUCCGAAGAUUGGAGGGGCGAAACUUGUGAAGAAAAGGGUACGAGUUAGAAGAAAGGGUAACGUUUUACCGGGGUUAUCCAGCUUUACCAGGUUCUGAUUUUUGUCUUCUAUCUAUUUCUACCCUUAGUCAUGUCGACCGUCCCGUUAUUGAUAUUUAAAUCUUCUUCUUUUAAUCUAUUUAUCUCUUUUUCACUCUUUCCUUCAUCUUCAGUUUCACUACUCUCUGACCAGCUCUCCUUCAUCUCUUGUUAUUACAUGUCAAUGUCAAUUUAUUACAUGUCCAUACCUUCUCUGCAAUGUUUACCACCACACAUCUUCUUCUGAUCUCUUCUUUCCUCGUAGCGGUCCAUGUUUACUAUGCAAAUAGUUGUGUAGAAUCAAGGGCACUGAUAUUGUACGCUUUCUCGGUUCUUUCUUUUAAAUUAAACUUUUACGUUGAUUUCUCCCUAGUCCUUCCAUGCGAAAGCAAUCCAUGUAAAAACUCAGCAGAAUGUCAGAACGUGGACGAAAAUAAAUUUAAUUGUACAUGCACUGUAGAUUGGACAGGCUUAACAUGUGAAGAGAAAGGUAUUUUUUUUGAGAAAUAACAAACGUCUUGGUUAUUGAUGAACGUAUGAACGUGUGGAAUUGCGCCAAACGAUAUCAGAAGCUAGAGUAGUAGACAAGAUAACAUGGUAGAUUUUAACUUCAGCAUGUUGUUUGCUUUCUGUAUAGAAGUUACGUUAGGUUAUGCUAAAUUACCGUUAAGUCUAUUUGCCUUGCAGUCCAUCCCUGUGACAAAGCCGAAUCUCCGUGUGAAAAUGAAGCCACAUGCGAAAAGGCAGAGGAUCAGUUUGUUUGUAAAUGCGCCGAGGGCUGGAAGGGCGAAACCUGCGAAGAAAAAGGUAGAGAAUGAAACGUAAUAUGUUCAAUGCAUGAAUGUGGAGAGUAUUGAGAUCAGGGCCGUAGCUAUAGGGGGAGGGGGGCGUGACACCCCGCCUGAAAAGGUCUUUUCGGCAAAAUAACGGUUUUAUUGGUAAAUCGUUUUUGUAAUCAGCGAAAAUAUUGGAAUGGUUCGGAUCACUACAGUCUUGGCGUUAUAUUUUCAUAAUACUUGACAUAAUAAAAUUAUUGUCCAAUAUUUUUCUCCAGUGCAACCUUGUGACAAGUCUCCAUGUAAAAACCAAGCACAAUGUGAGAAUGUUGAUAAAGAAAAUUUUAAGUGCCAAUGUUCCGACGGUUGGAAGGGCGAAACUUGUGAACAAAAGGGUAUAUAAAAUUUAAUUAUUCUUAUCCUAUUUCACUUAGCUCCAGUUUUACUGGGUUACCCAGCUCUACAGGGUUUCUGAUUUUUGUCUUCCAUCCAUUUCUAUCAUUAGGCAUGUCGAUCUGUCCCUUGUUUUGAUAUUUAAAUCUUCCCUUAUACAAUCUAUUUAUUUCUUCUUUACUCUCCCCUUCAUCUUCAGCAUCACUAGUCACAUUAAUGAGUAAAUUAGUCAACAAUAUUGCUUUAUUUUGCUCACAUGAUAAUACUGGAUACCUGGUGAAGUAUAUUAAUCCACCAGUCAAUAGGAAUGGAUCGUAAUUAAUUUAGUCCUUCGACUGGAUUAAGUGGUGAUUUAUUCGUAUGACGUAUGAAAUGUCAUUUCAAAUCAAUUCGGACUGGAUUAGAUUUCCUCGCAUUUUGAUCCAGUCCUUGGCUUCGCUUUGAACAAAUUGCGCGGACUUGAAAUCAAGUCCAGUCCUCAUGGUCUGAUUUUUUUGAAACAUUUCUUAUUACAUGUCCAUCUCAGUGUUGCUUCCUUUACCUUCUUUGCAAUGUUAAUUUCUUCAUUCCCAUGCAAUCUUAAUUAAAGCGGUCCAUGUCUAUGGAACAGUACAUCCUAUAUGCAAACAGUUGUGUAGGAUCAGGAGCACUGAAAUGAUACGUUUUCUCCGGUUCUUUCUUUUAACUUUAAUUUUACGUCGAUUUUUCCCUAUAGUCCUUCCAUGCGAAAGAAAUCCAUGUAAAAACUCAGCAGUGUGUGAAAAUGUGGACGAAAAUACGUUUAAUUGUACAUGUACUGAAGAUUGGACAGGUCUAACCUGUGAAGAGAAAGGUAAAAUAUUCUUAAGUUGUUUAUGUGUCUAAACUAUCUAUGUAGUCAUCUUGUAUUUGGUAGCAAAUAAAUAGAAUUGAGAAAUUUAGUUAAUUUUCUUGCUCAAAAUGUCAACAUUCCUAAAAUUGACCACCUUCUGCUGCUCUGUAACCCUUACAGAACCUUUAAACCCACAAGUACAAUUGUCAACAUUUCUUUUUUUGUCUCUGCAGUACAUGCCUGCGACAAAACUGCAUCUCCUUGCAAAAAUGAUGGAGUUUGUGAAAAGAAUGGAGAUGAAUUUGUUUGCAACUGUUCUGAAUACUGGACUGGGCCAACUUGCGAAGAAUAUACUGCUUUCGAAGGUAAUCAGCGAAUGAAGUCACUUAAAGUUGUUUCCGCCAGUUUCACGGGCAAAAUGAAUGAUAGUUAUGUUUUAGAAAUGGAAUAGGGAUAUGUUCGAUUGUGGUUUGAAAGAAUAUAAGAAACGUAUUGUGGUAUGAUAGGUCAAUCACUACUUUCUUUACAUCCUGAUAGACAUCCUCUGCCCAUGUGUACUGUCCCCUAGUCUUGAUAACUAAUAUGACAGAGUAUGAUUAAUUUAUUACCCUAUUUACUUCUCUUUAGGCUUGCAAAACUGCAGCAAAAACAGUAAUCGUAAAAGAGUUGGUGGUCGUGUCAUCGCUCGUUGGACGAACAACAAAUAUUACGCUGGUGAAAUUACAAAUAUUUCUGAAGAGGAUCAAUCUAUCGUUAUUUUGUUUGACGAUGGGUAUAAAAUCACACAUGCAUUAAAUGACGUUACCGCUGUUUUGGCCGAUAAGGUCUCUGACUCUGUGGAGUAUAAGGAUCAUGUGAUUGCCUCAUGGCAAGGAAGUUACAGACAGUACAUCGGGUACGUGAUACAAGUGAGCGAGUCUCGAGGCUUUAAGGUUCGGUUUGAUGACAAUGACGAAGCCUGGUAUAAGAAAGAUCAACUUAGAAUCCUUCCAGACGCUUCAUCGCCCCACGAUGGUGAGUGA